AAGAGCCUGAGCGCUCAGCAGCAGAUGAUGCCCCCAUGGCACGACAGCUCGGGAAGCAACUGUGAAAAAGCCCCACAUGUGGCUUCCUUCUGCUUCUGUGUGCAGGAAACCUUACACAGAAGGGCUGGUGAGCCCUUUUGGGGGCAUGGCUGCUGUCCUUGUCAAGGUGCUUGGCAUUGUGCCCCUCUUGUAGAAAUUUGGGGAAACUGAGGCCAGAGGCGCCUGUUGUCACGCAGCUUUUCAGACCAACCACCCCUGUGUCUGGCUGUGACAGGUCUCCCCAUCACAAGAUAUCAAAUCCCCCUGGGCUGGACAGGCUGUUGCAGGUUCGCUUGGGUUGUGAUGUGUAAGCGCUGCUGUUAGACCAGGAUCUCCCAGCUCGGGUUUGCCUGACACCUUCCACAUCACAGAGCUCCAGAUCCACACCAGUCUGCCGGAUCAAUUGUCCUGGUAGACAUUAGCAGUUUAAGUGAAGUGUUUGGUCUCACUGCUGGGACUGUUGUUUAGAGCCAGACUGUUACCUGCAAAACUGCAGGGAACAUCUCAUCAUCUUUACAAGGAAAAUAAGAAUCCCAUGUACUAAAUCUCUCUGUGGCAGUUGUUUGUGAGGUGCCAGCACGCCAUCAAGGGAAGGUGACAAAUGUUAACACCAGGGCAGGGCUUUGAGCAAAGUCCAAAGCUGGAGUUUCCUUCUGGGCUGGUUUGGGGUGACACGGUGCUGUGUGAUCAGCGGGUUCGCAGGGCUGGUGCCUGCAGCCGGUGUUUGCUCAGCGCCCCGCGUGAGGGGCCCAGGCGUGGUUCUGCCACUAAUAACACACCGGUGUGACGGGUUAUCGGGAGGCAGGGAGGGCCCUGAAACCAAACCCGCCCGUGUACCUGCUGCUGGUUCCACCUCUGCUCGCCUGCAAAGUACCGGAGUCGCUUUUCCUGGACGCUGGGGAUCGUAUUGGAGCCAGGCUGGCUUUGAGGAGCCAGGCUGGCUUUGUGAAGCCAGGCUGGCUCUGGGGAGCUAGGCUGGCUUCGAGGAGCUAGGCUUGCUCUGGGGAGCUAGGCUGGCUUCGGGGAGCUAGGCUGGCUUCAGGGAGCUAGGCUGGCUUCGAGGAGCUAGGCUGGCUUCGAGGAGCUAGGCUGGCUUCGGGGAGCUAGGCUGGCUUCAAGGAGCUAGGCUGGCUUCGGGGAGCUAGGCUGACUUCGAGGAGCUAGGCUGGCUUCGAGGAGCUAGGCUGGUUUUGAGGAGCUAGGCUGGCUUUGGGGAGCUAGGCUGGCUUCAGGGAGCUAGGCUGGUUUUGAGGAGCUAGGCUGGUUUUGAUGAGCUAGGCUGGCUCUGGGGAGCUAGGCUGGCUUUGGGGAGCUAGGCUGGCUUCGAGGAGUUAGGCUGGCUUUGGGGAGCGCAGCUCAGAGCCGCCGGGAUCACCUGUCACUGUUCAGCGUGGAAAGCCCACAGCAUGUGAGCAGAAGGGGAAGCCUGUGGUGGGAUCCCUGCCUACCCACGCUUGGACUCGACAUCGCCAGGGACACAUCUUGCAGUAAGAGGAAGAGGAAAAUACAGCUCAUUCGCCAUUGCUAAAAAUGGGAGGCAGCAUCUGUCCGGCAGACCGGGAAGGGAAGCUCCAGCCCUCGCCUGCGGGGCGUCCCGGGGAGGGACAUGGCCGGGGGGACGCAGCCCGUGGUCAGUGAGUGUGUCGGGGCAGCGUGGCCCACCCAGCCCGGCUCAACAUGCUCUUCCACAACCGCAAGACCCAGCUCCUGCUGGUCAACUCGCUGACGUUCGGCCUGGAGGUUUGCCUGGCUGCUGGCAUCACCUAUGUGCCGCCGCUGCUGCUGGAAGUGGGGGUGGAGGAGAAGUUCAUGACCAUGGUUUUGGGGAUAGGACCUGUCCUUGGCUUGGUGUUUGUCCCGCUGAUUGGAUCCGCCAGCGACCACUGGCAAAGCAGCUACGGCCGAAGGCGACCUUUCAUCUGGAUGCUGUGCCUGGGCGUCCUGCUGAGCCUCUUCGUUAUCCCCCACGCCAGCAGCCUGGCCAGCCUGUUUGCCCUCAACCCUCGCCCACUGGAGAUCGCCUUCCUCAUCCUGGGCAUCGGCUUGCUGGAUUUCUGCGGCCAGGUCUGCUUCACCCCACUGGAGGCCCUGCUCUCCGACCUCUUCCAGGAGCCAGACAACUGCCGCCAAGCCUUCUCCAUGUACGCCUUCAUGAUCAGCUUGGGGGGCUGCAUCGGCUACCUCCUUCCAGCCAUCGACUGGGGCGGCAGCUUUCUGGCCCCGUACUUGGGAGGGCAGGAGACAUGUCUCUUCAGCCUCCUUGCUGUCAUCUUCCUCGGCUGUGUGCUGGCCACGCUCUUCGUGACGGAGGAUGCGGCCACCCAGGCAGAUGUCCUGGAUGGUCCAGUGCUGAAGGAUGCUCCCCCCAAGCCCUCACCUCCUGCCUGCUGCUCUUGCCAGCUCUCCAGGAGCUCGUGUCUCCUGCACGCCAGGCACGUCUUGCAGGCACUGAGAAACCUCUGCACGCUGGUGCCGCGGCUUCAUGGCCUCUACUGCCGCAUUCCCAAGGUCAUCCGGCGCCUGUUCGUGGCCGAGCUCUGCAGCUGGAUGGCACUCAUGACUUUCAUGCUGUUCUAUACAGACUUUGUUGGGGAAGGGCUGUACCACGGCGUCCCCAGAGCCAAGCCGGGCACGGAUGCCAGACGCCACUAUGAUGAAGGUGUCCGCAUGGGGAGCUUGGGCCUGUUCCUGCAAUGCGUCACAUCCAUCUUCUUUUCGACAAUCAUGGACCGGCUGGUGAAGCAGUUUGGGACGCGGACGGUCUACCUGGCCAGCGUGGUGUUCUUCCCCGCGGCCGCCUUCGUCAUGUGCCUUUCCCACAGCGUCAUCGUUGUCACCGUCUCGGCCGCUCUGACGGGCUUCACCUUCUCCGCGCUCCAGAUCCUGCCAUACACGCUGGCGUCACUGUAUCACCACGAGAAACAGGUAUUUUUGCAUAAAUAUAAGAGCAAAGAGGAGGAAGACACAGCCCGAAUGGACAAGAAAUCAGCCUUCUCUAAAGGCCUCCUCUCCAGCCAGAAGCUGCCUUACCAGAACGGCCACACUGGGAGCCUCUUCUCUUCCUCCUCAUCCUCCUCCUCGCCUCCAGCCGCCGGCUCGGCUCUGUGCGUCAGCUCGUCCUGCGACGUCUCGUUGAUGAUGAUGGUGGGAGAACCGGACUCGGUGGCUCCAGGCCGAGGGAUCUGCCUGGACCUGGCAAUUUUGGACAGUGCUUUCCUCCUCUCUCAGGUUGUCCCCUCCCUUUUCAUGGGCUCCAUCGUCCAGUUUACGCAGUCGGUGACUGCCUACAUGGUGUCCGCUGCCGGCUUUGGCCUGGUCGCCAUUUACUUUGCAACCAAAGUCGUCUUCGAUAAGAGUGACAUGGCCAAGUAUUCAGUGUGAUGGAGAAGGCACAAGGGCGGCGCGCGGGUGCCCGCACGUGGCAAAACGAGAUGCGUGUGCAUCUGCAGGGCCGCUUGUGGGGAGCCCCGUGUGGCUUCUGCUCCCCCUGUGCUGUUGCUGGAGCCCUGGGGGGUAUUUCUGGGGCCGAGGGGGGCAAGAGAGGUGCGGCAGGGCUAAUCUCAGGUGUAAAUAUGAGGCAUCGGGGUGUCACACUUCGGGCCAUCAGUGCUUUCCAAAGGUGCCUUUGUCGAAAGAAAGUGCUGCACAGCCAGCACCAAAGGGUUUAUACAGGGGAGAGAAGGGAAAUGGACUUUUCCUUGAAUAACGGGUGAUGUUUCUGUAUAAUUCUACCUAAACUGAGCAGGAGAUGCAGUGGUUUGGGGGGGAGGAAAAAAUCCUUGGCUCUCCUGUUUUCCAGUUAUAUCUGUACCCUCUUCCCCUGCUGCUUGUAGAUUAACUCAGCUUCUUGAGCAAUACUUCUGCAAAUAGGACACGGGAGGAGAUUUCCCUGGAAAAAAAAGGUGGGUGGGUAAAGUUUGGCCAUGGAGCAAAGGGGACGCGUGUGUGUGUGGACAAACACGUCCGUCCGUCCUUCCAUCCCACCUCUGUUCCGACUGGGAGAAGCCAUUCAGGAGAAAAGUUACUACGUCUUGUUUUGGAAAAACAAGUAAUGUUCCAUUAGGACCAGUUCCAAAAGGUGACUUAUCUUUUACCUAUGUACUAAGUUGCAUCAGAUGGAAAGGACUUCUUAACUCUUUUUUUCUAAUGAUUGUUUCUAGCUUUCCUCAUGCAGUUCUCAGUAACUCCGACCUCUCGCUCCUCAGAGCUGCCGCCUGCUCCCUCCCCUGACACAUCCAGACCCUUCUGCCUCUUCCACACCUGGCCCUUAAAAGAUGCUGCAAUAUCCCCAAAUCUAUUCUCAGAGGGUUUCCAGUCCUGUGAUAAUGACGUAGAACAGGGUUUGCUGAUCCAGAUGGCUUAUUUACCAUGUUAUACUUACUUGGGAUUUUUAAAUAUAUAUUUUAUUUCCAGGCAGGAGUCAAGAUUCUUACCGAGAUGCAGAAUAGACACGUUACCCGCUAGAGAAACGCAAAGCGCCCCUUGCAGCCGUAGCCCUGGGUUGUGCAGGUGUUUAGCUCCCAGAUGUGGCUCAUUUUGCAGCGGCAGGAGAGCGGCUGCAGCUGCGUGUCCUUCUGGCCAGUCCCAGCCGAGUGGAACCAUUCCGCUGGUGGCAGAUUUCCACCCCUCACACAACACACCGAGUAGGAGUCAAGGUCCUGGCCCACAGUCGGCACUUCAGACUUUGAAACAGUCCAAAUUCUGCCUACGACAGGUAGGGGAAAGCGCGAGUUGGGGGUUUGGAGGCGAGGCUGUGAGCACGCAGAAGUUGUUCAUCAGUCUUUAACUUUGGCUGGUCCAAACAAAGAGUAAUUUUCUGCGGAGGUGUGUGGGCAGCGGGAUGCGCUGCUGAGGUUCUGCUGAAGGGCAAAACGUUGCUAUUUUUGCAAGGUCUUGUCACACUAUUCCUUGGCACAGGAGCAAGGUUCCUCCCCACUGUCUGCAGACGGCUCCGCAGAGGCCUUCUCCUCAGCUUUUUCAACAUUUCUUUCCCGUAAAGGGUGACUGUUUUUGUUUGCUUUCUUCUCAAAUUAUAUGCCAGCCAGCCUCCCUUUCCCACAACAAGGUUUGUGUGCUGAAACGCAGCUGGUUUGGGGAUGGAUUUGGCAGCUGUUUAACCACCUACGGAAACAGUUUUUCAUCUGUACUUCCUACCCUGGUCUGUCCACUCCAGGCUGCAGCAGGAAGAUGUUAUUGCCAAAGGUGAGGUGUUUUGUGGACAAAGGUUCCCAGUGAUCAGUAACCUCUAAUCAAUCAGGUCCCUACUUGAGUGCUGAUGUAUCCUUUAUAUUUUUUCUGAUGUAAAAUGUUGGGAACCUUCACACCUGGAGGCUGCUACAAUGCUAAAUGCUUUUGAUAACAGAGCAAUUUAUUUGAGUGCCUAAAAGGUAGUUCCACCCCGAGCUUCAGGUGCAUGGGUUUGAUGAUAAGGGUCUCGGGUUUGAUGAUGAAAGUCUUGAACACUUCAUUACGGACAUCUGGCGGGCAGAUGGGUACGGGAAGGAGGGUUUGCCAAGACCCAUUUCUGCCUUCACUUCUUGUCCACCGUGGGAGCUGGAGCCCAAAUGGAUUUGGGCUGUUUGCACGAGGAGAGGAAGAAACUGCCACGUGCGCUCAGGUCCUUGUCGGGGGACACAGGGAACACUUUUCUGUGUGUGCGUUCAGCAGGGAGGGAAGACAAGGCAGCGAUUGGGAUGGAUUGAUGGAGGGUGAGGAGAGAUCCGGGCGAGGGAGCAGGGGGGUCGGGGAAACGGAGUUUUGCAGCAACGUGAGGGUUCGGGCUGGCUCUGCCCUCGCUGUGGCCGUGCCCUGUCCUUAGAGCACUUCCCAGCCCUCCCGCUUCCAACCAGCCAUGUCUCAAGGGCCGGCUGCCAAGGCUGAGCUCAGGGCCUGAGCUGGGCUGUCAGCAGCCGCCGUCCCCAAACCCGUUCGCUGUCACCGCGGUGGCCCGUGUCCUCCAUUAUUACCAAAAGCCUUUGUUCCCAGUUCAGGCUGUCGCUGGGGCUGGCGGGAGAGGCGUUUUCCAGAGCAUCAGUUGAGAAAGUGCCAUUGUGAGAUUGUCCUUCCUGGCUGAGCCGGUGGGAGCAGCCUCUGGGUGUUGGGACCACACACAGACAGCAAGGGACACGGGCACAUCCUGGUGAAGGUUUUGACACGUGUGUGAUCACAGAAAGCUCUCUAGGACCUGAUUAUCCUGUACAACAUACAAGCCCUUCAGAGGCGGUUUUACGAUGAGUUUUUCUGUUCCAGGUAGAAAGUGCGCUGCUGCUUUCUGCAGGCGGGGGAAUCGUGCUGUGCCUCGCCUUCCCUUUUGUGAGAUGGGGGUGUUGAGAGCCAAGGUCGGGAGAAGGGAGAAUGUCUUUAACGUGAGACUGUUGCGCAUCUCCAGGCGAGGGAAGGAUGGGUGGGUGCUGGUUUUUGGGAUCGUGUGCUGUCUGCGAGAUGUUCAUGUUUUAUUUAUUCAGCAGAGCAAUUAUUUUGUAUACAAUGUAAGAGGAAGGCUAUUAUAAAUUUUUAUGAAAAAGGAGGAAAUUAAAAGAGGUGUUUAAAUGGGA